UGGUCGUAUUUUUCCCAGGGGUCCAACGACAGCAAACUCGGAAGUUUCGACCCUUUUCCCAAAUCAAAACAUGUUUUGCUGACAUAUACACGAAGACGAUUGCAUUCCUCUCACCUCUUCUCAGGAAAAAUCAGAGUAACUUCUGAAAUUCCAAAAUAUUCAUUCCUUCUCUCCCAUACUUGCACACCCACACUUCGCUGAAGAGUUGACAAUCGAAAACACAACCAGAAGAUCCAGAAACCUCUUGAUUUUCAGUAAAUUGGGUUUUUCCGAUUCCUCUUGAUUUUCAGUGAAUUGGGUUUUUCUGUGCAGAGAAAAACAAUCAUAUAGAUGGCGUUAGCCCUCGUGGGAGGGGCUGCUUUGGGAGCAGCAUUUGGUGAAUUACUGAAAGCAGUUGUUGAUGUCAAAGACAAAGCCAUCACCUUCAAGUCCAACCUCGACCGACUCGAAUCAAGACUCAAUUCACUCGAACCGAUUGUGCGUGAGAUUGGGAAAUUGGACCGAGAAUUGGACAUUUCUCCGGAAGAAACCAAAAUGUUCACCGAUCGGUUGAAAGAGGCCGCGAAGCUGGUCCGCAAGUGCUCGCAGACCAAGUGUUUGAAAUUCUUCAAGAGGCCUUCGUACUCUAAGAAGCUUCUCGAAUUUGAAGAUUUGCUUGUGAAAUUCUUUCAGACGGAUGUUCAAGCUAUGCAGACAAGAGAUAGCAGGAAGACUCUGGCGAAAGUGAAUGAAAUUGAUGGGAAAUUGGAUAGAAUCUGGUCGGGUGUGAGGAAAGGUCGACAGGUUUGUGAUUCGAAUGUGUUAGUAGGUUCGUGCGGAGCUCUGAGAGUUUCGGAUUUUAUUAUUGGAUUAGAUGCGCCACUUCAAGAAUUGAAGAUGAAGUUGCUGCAGGAUGGUGUACAGGUGGUCGUGCUUUCGGCUGCUGGAGGAUGUGGGAAGACUACCUUGGCCAAAAUGCUCUGUUAUGAUGUUGAAAUUAAAGGAAAAUUUCAGGACAAUAUUUUCUUUGUCACGGUUUCGAAGUCACCCAAUCUCAAGGUCAUUGUUCAAAACAUGUUUCAACAUAAGAACUUUCAGGUGCCUGAGUUUCUAAAUGACGACGAUGCAAUCAACAAAUUGGGAAACUUUCUGGUGAAUCAAACAGGAACAAGUCCUAAGUUGUUGGUCCUGGAUGAUGUAUGGUCUGGAUCAGAAUCCCUUAUUCUGAAAUUCAUGAUCCCAAUACCAGAAUACAAAAUAUUGGUCACAUCAAGAUUUGUAUUUCCUAGAUUUCAUUCAACAUGUAAAUUGGAACUGUUGAAUGAUGAAUAUGCCAUGGCUGUUUUUCGAAAUUCAGCAUUUCGUCAAGGUGAGAGCUCCAACAUACCAGAAGAUCUUGUCAACAAGAUAGUGAGAGGUUGUAGGGGAUUCCCGCUGGCCCUUACAGUGGUUGGUGGAUCGCUAUGUGGACAACCUGAGGUGAUCUGGAGACGUACACUAAAUCAAUGGUCUGAAGAAGGGAAAUCCAUUUUUGAUUCUAGCAGUGAUCUGCUUAUUCAUCUCCAAACUAGUGUAGAUGCCUUGGGUGAAAAAAUUAAAGUCAUGGAAUGCUUCCUGGACCUAGGUUCAUUUCCUGAAGAUCAAAGGAUCUCUGCCACCGCUCUUAUUGAUAUUGGGGUGGAACUACACGACCUAGAUGAAAUCUCUGCUCUUGCCAACAUCCAUGAUCUAUUCACCCGAAAUUUGGUCAAUCUUGUGCUUACAAGGAAAGAUGCAAGUGAGGUUGAUGGCGGUGAGCAUUUUGUCAUGCAGCAUGAUCUGCUGAGAGAGCUGGCUAUUCACCAGAGUAGCCAAGAGCCUGUAGAACAGAGGAAAAGGUUAAUUAUGGAGAUAAGAGGAAAUGACCUUCCCAAGUGGUCAAUUGAACAAAUGCAGAAACCCUUACAAGCCCAACUCUUGUCCAUCACUACAGAUGAAGCAUUCUCCUCAAACUGGUGCAAUAUCCAACUACCUGAAGUUAAAGUUCUAAUAUUGAAUUUCUGGACAAAGAACUACGGCCUACCUGAAUUCAUGGAGAAAAUGGACCAAUUGAAGGUUCUGAUCAUCACAAAUUAUGGCUUCUCCCCAGCUAAACUGAGCAACUUUCCUCUACUUGAUUCAUUGUCCAGUCUAAAGAGAAUCAGACUAGAGAAUGUUUCAGUUUCUUCCCUUGGUAAAUCCGCAUUACAAUUCAGGAAUUUGCAGAAAAUAUCCUUAAUUAUGUGUGAGAUUGGCGAGGCCUUUACAAACUGUACCAUCGAUAUCCCCCAUAUGUUCCCAAAUCUUGUGGAGAUUGAUAUUGACUGUUGCAUUGAUUUAGUUAAACUGCCUAAGGGUCUUUGUGGUAUUGCCUCCCUUAAAAAGCUCAGGAUCACCAAAUGUCAUGAUCUUGAAGAACUUCCUGAAGAAUUGGGAAGGCUAACAAGUUUAGACAUACUGAGGCUUCAUGCCUGUACAAACCUUUUGGAGCUACCAAAAUCAAUCGGAAGCCUCCAUGAAUUAAGAGUUCUUGAUAUAUCUGAUUGUUUAAGCAUGAGUCAGUUGCCAAUGGGGAUCGGUGGGUUGCGUGGUUUGGAAAAGCUUGACAUGAGAGGUUGUGAAUUUCAUAAGUUGCCGCCAUCGGUAAAGGACCUUUUAAAAUUAGAGGAGGUAAUAUGCAACAAAGAGGCUUCUGAUCUCUGGGAACCUUUUAAGACUCAUGUCACCAAUUUGAAGAUAAAUGUGCUUGAUGAAGAAAUCAAUUUGAACUGGCUUCCCAAUCUUCACUUCUGAGAAACCAUAAGAAAAUGGUGUCUAACCUGAGAUGUUGUAAAGCAUGUACUAAUUUACAAUUUUGAGAGUCACUGCUGUUGCCAUUACAGUGUCCAGUAUAGCAUAGAGUUGGUUUUCAUCAUACUUGGCGGAAGAGAAUUCCUCUAGCAAUUCUAUCAAUGCAAAGAGAGCGAGGUGGUUGUUUGACAGACAUCUUCAUCAGACUGUAGCGGUUUACCUGUUGGGUACUGCAAGGAGUUACCCGACUUGAUUUAAAGUUUAACAAGUUCACUUGGGUAAGGUGAAAAUGCACUCAAGACUCAGUUCCUUCACCAAUCAUGCAUGGAAUUCGGACGUUUGGAGAAUAUUCAAGUAUGAUGAGGAUAUAUGCAAGCGAUUUUCAGUUACCUUUCCAGAGGGUCAUUCCCAUGUUAAAGAUGUUGAUACCCAAGGAAAGCAUCAGUCCAUGGUGUCUUCAAAUAUGAUUGACCAACAUGUUAUGCAAUUUCAGUACAUAUAUGUUUAUUUCCUUCCUCUGAUAGGUCAUAUAUAUAUAUAGAUCAUAUAAAAGCAAAAACGGUGGGAUUGUUAGUGGUGUUACAGUGUUGAUGAAGCAAAUGCAAUGCUGCAUUUUAGAACCUCAUGUUUACUGUAUAAUUCUACAAAGAUAGCAAUAACCAACGUGUGUGUGUCUAUAUAUAUAUAUAUAUAUAUUCUCUUGCUACGUCCUUGAAGAGAUGGGAUCAUAGACCCCCAUGUUUUGAUCUAGUUGUUUAUGAUGUAGAUGGGUCAAAGAAAAGGUACGUUAUUGGUAACAAAU